GUUUGUGCGUGUGUGAUGUCGUCUACACUUUGAUUGAAUCGUAAACGUAUUUACAUAUUUGAGUUAUUAAGGGUUAGCGUUCUGUGGAUUACGCGGUACCAUUUUUUGCAAGCCACCUUUAUCGAAAGAGAUCUAGAUUUCAGUACCGGUCGCUGUCCGGAACUGAUUAUAGCACAUCGCGUUGAAUUGAUGAUGCUCCGUUCGUGGUGCUGAAAUCCUUUGCGCUUUCGCUCUCUUUCCUUUCCUCUCUGUCCCUCCCUCCCUCCAUCUCUCCUCUAUCCCUCCCUUGGUUCUAUCUCAUACGCACAAACCCCUCUGUCAUGGCGUCUUCCAACAAUGUUACCCCUACCAACUGUAGCUGGUGGCCCAUCUCAGCCUUGGAUGAAGACGGCGAAAUGACAGACGGAGAGAAAAGCGAGGAGCCAGCUAUCGAGACGAAACCUAAUUUCUCUAAAGACAAGCUUGUUUUGUAUCACUGGACGCAGUCUUUCAUCUCUCAAAAGGUGCGUCUGGUGAUCAAUGAGAAGGGUCUGCUGUGUGAAGAGAGGGAUGUGAGUCUCCCUAUAGCCGAGCACAAUGAGCCCUGGUUUAUGAGGCUCAACCUGGGGGAGGAGGUGCCUGUUUUCAUCCAUGGAGAUACCAUCGUCUCAGACUACAACCAAAUCAUACAGUACCUAGAGGCUAACUUUGGGGGAGAAACGGUGGCCCAGCUGAUUCCCAAUGCUGGCUCCCCUAUCCACGAGUGUGUGCAGCAGUACCGUAAGCUGCUGGACGGCCUGCCCAUGGAUGCUUACACACACGGCUGUAUCCUGCACCCAGAGCUCACCACAGACUCCAUGAUCCCAAAGUACGCCACUGCUGAAAUACGUAGACACUUAGCCAACGCUGCGUCGGAGCUGAUGAAGCUGGACCACGAGGAACCCACGCUGACAGAGCCAUACCUUUCCAAGCAGAAGAAACUCAUGGCAAAAAUAUUGGACCACGAUAAUGUGACCUACCUAAAGAAGAUCCUUGGAGAGUUGGCCAUGGUACUAGAUCAGGUAGAGGCCGAGUUGGAAAAGAGUAAAAUCGAGUAUGAAGGUCAAAAGUGUGAGUUGUGGCUAUGUGGACCUGAAUUUACAUUAGCUGAUGUCUGCCUGGGAGCCUUGUUGCACAGGCUUAAGUUCUUGGGACUCUCAAAGAAAUACUGGGAGGACGGCAGCCGACCCAACCUCCAGUCCUUUUUCGAGCGGGUGCAAAAACGCUACGCUUUCCGAAAAGUUCUGGGCGACAUCCACACAACCCUUCUGUCAGCAGUUCUACCCAAUGCAUUCCGAAUGGUAAAAAAGAAGCCACCAUCUUUCUUCGGGGCCUCUUUCCUCAUGGGCUCUCUGGGAGGGAUGGGGUACUUUGCCUAUUGGUUUCUAAAAAAGAAAUAUGUGUAGUGAGCGCCCCCCCUCCAUGUCUUAAAUGUCUGUGUAUUUGUGUGAUGUUUCAAUUUUUCUGUAAUGUUUCACAACAGGAGGAAAAUAUGAAUCUAUAUAGGGAACACUAUUACUUACCUAGGUGAACAAAGAUAAGAACAUUCCAUACACAAAGGAAUUGUUAACAGCACAUUUUUCUGGUAUUCCAAUGCCUUCAUCUAUUUAAUUUCUGGCUCCCUUCUUCAGGUCUCUAUCAACCUACAGUAUUACUUUUUAAUUAGCUACUUUUGGAGGCAUGCAAUAUCCAGUUAUUUUAAUUAACGGAACAAACGUAUUUGUUUUUAAUGAUCAUUAGGGUCAUAUUCCCUGCACAUGAGAGACAAUGUCUUGACAUUGCAUCGCCAUAUCCAAAGUGGGGCUCAUCCACACCCUGCACGUAACUAUAGAGUUUUAUUAAGUCGUUUUUCAUCACAGUUUUGGCGUUCACCUAUUGCCCUUCAUGCCUCUGUUGGCCAUUGGUUUAUUUUAUUAAAUCCUUCUGAUACUUCCUGUGCUGCCAGAAACUGCCAGAUGAGAAGAUAGGAUAGUGAGACGUCCAGUCGGUCCCAAUUCGCUCCCUUUCCUUUUCCCCCUUGACCAUAAUUGUUGUUUGCAGAUUUGUAAAUUUCACUACUGUUUAUACCAAUCCAGACACUCCAGUUAUGCAAACAUUGAAGGAUCUGGCCAAAGGAAAGGGGUAAGGAGUGAAUUGGGACUGUAUACAGACACUCUCAGCCAUAUACAGGCACUCCCUUUAAAGCACUAUGAGAGUAUAUGCACUCCAUCAAUUCAUUCAUUAAUAAAAUGUGAUUGUCAUUUCUCACACCACAGUCUUGAGCUGAUCAUGAAGUGCUCUCUGACUUUAAAGUCAGAGAGGAUGGGUCUGAUAGAGAAAUAAUUUAAGUUUCAAUCAAGCCGUCCAAAAUAUUGAGCGAGGAAUCACUCAGCGGCUUUUGACAGUGUCCAUACAGAGUGACUGCAACAUUGAGCAGCACCAGUUUCGUUCAAUAAUCCAAGCUUUUUUCCCAUAACUUGUAUGACUAGCCAUUUAAACUAAACUCGUACACUACAAACCUCUUAGAAAACUGUGACAAGUGUUACAAAAUUCUGGGAACUUUCAACAUAUUCCCUGUUUUUUCCAGAAAUCCUAGUUGGAUGAUUCCAGAUUUCCUGCUUAUUCUCUCCAGGAUUCCCAGAAUUAGCAGAGCAUAAGCAGGAAAUCCAGAAUCCUCCAACUAGGAUUCCUGGAAAACCAGGGAGUUGAUUGAACGUUCCCAGAAUUUUGCAACCCAAAUCCUCUGGAGUCUAACUGACCUAUACAAUGUUCCCCUCUGCUCAGAAGUGCUAGCAUGUACACAGCUGAAUGUCAAAAGGGUUAUAAUUGUAUAACUUCAAUGAUUUAUUUCAAUUUAAAUAAGGUCUGGGUAAAAAAAAUAAGACAUACAGUAACUUGACACUCAAUGCAUUACAAGACCACAUACAAGACAGUAAGAUCCAGUUCUGGUUUGCCACUGAAAUAGCUCUUUCUCAAUAGUCUUUCCUCAUAUCCUCCCCCCAUCCUCCUUUUCAAAAUGGCAGAGAGAAGUGAGGUGACAGGAGAGCAUUAAAGUAGAAGACAAGAGAAACCUUGGAUCUUCAGUUCCAUCUCAUUGUGAAGUCAUGGGCAGCAGACUUCGACAAAGAACAUGUUUUGUAGGAAAAGGAAAAGGCAAGAUUUUUGAGUGAACAGAGUAACCGUGCGUAUGGUUGUUAACAGACUGCAUGGCUGAAAAACGAUGGCCAAAGUUUCAUUAACAAUGUGUCAGCUGUGUGGGGUAUCUAUGUUUAAGUACUAAAUGGCACCCAAUUCCCUAUGUAGUGCACUACUUUUGACGAGGGACCAUAAGGCUCUGAUCAGAAGUAGUGCACUGUUGGGAAUAGGGUGUAAUUUUGGAUUCACAUAAAGGUUUCACUUUGAAUACUUGUCAAGACACACCUGGAACCGGUUUCUGAACACAAAUUAAAGCUAGUCCUGGACUAAAUAGCAUGCUCAACGGAGAAUCUCCAUUUACAUAACUUUUUAGUCCAGGGACAGGCUUAAUGUUUGUCUGGGAAACCAGCCCUACAAGUUCAUAUGAAAACAGCAAUUUGAGAAGUCACAGUUCAUCUCAUCACAUUGGGUGUUUGUUGGUGAGAAGAAAACAUUCACAACUGAUUAACUGUCUGGCGUUUUCUUCAUGUUGAGCUUUGGAGAUCUAUGUAAUGGAAAGAACAUUUGACACCAGUAGUUGCCUGUCUAACAACAAUAACAUAAAAUGGCACAGGUUUGAAAAUCUUAAGUUUGAGCUUUUUUUGUUGUUGCUGGAAGUAAGCAAGUUAACACAUUUUACAUUUAGCCUAGUACUCAACUAAUACACUGGCUUUCAUUAUUAGCCAUACAGUAGUUAAAAACAAGUGUGUGUACAAUCCACUUCAUUUGGUGGGUUUUUCCUGGGACUUUCACUGAUACAUAAACUAACACUGUCUGGGUGUAAUGUCAGAGACCAAUUGAGAAAUUACAUUUCCAUAACUAGCCUAUCAUUGUCAGUGUUUUUCUAGGUUUCAUUAUAACAAUCACCAUUGUUACCAAUAAUUCACUGCCUCUUAAAACUGAGUUCCUGCAAAU